AGCGGUCGCCGCUGUGCGCUCGCGGGCCCGGGCGGAGCUGCGCAGUCUUCUCGCAGCUGCGCCAGGACAGCCGGCGCGCGGCCGAGCCCACAAGUUGCCGGCAGCUGAGCGCGGCGCCGCCCCCUCCUGCUUGCAGCCCCCUGCGCCCACCCCGCGGUGGUGGCCCGCCGGAGGACGCACAUCCCGCGGACGCCGACCCCAGAUGUAAAGCGGCACCGCAGCCCCUCGCCCCCCAGGCGCAUCCACUGAGUCUCGCCAGCGUCUCCUCUGCCAAACCCCGCGGCUGGAAGAUGUGGCAGCCGGCCACGGAGCGCCUGCAGCACUUUCAGACCAUGCUGAAGUCUAAACUGAAUGUCCUGACACUGAAAAAGGAGCCUCUCCCCGCCGUCAUCUUCCACGAGCCCGAAGCCAUCGAGCUGUGCACCACCACGCCCCUGACGAAGAGCAGGGCUCACAGCGGCUGCAAGGUCACCUAUCUCGGUAAAGUCCCCACCACAGGCAUGCAGUUUUUCCCAGGCUGCACGGAAAAGCCCGUCAUCGAGCUCUGGAAGAAGCACACGCUAGCCCGAGAAGACAUCUUUCCGGCCAAUGCCCUUCUGGAAAUCCGACCAUUCCAAGUGUGUCUCCAUCACCUCGACCACAGAGGGGAGGCCACGGUCCACAUGGAUACCUUCCAGGUGGCCCGCAUCGCCUACUGCACCGCCGACCACAACGUGAGCCCCAACAUCUUCGCCUGGGUCUACAGGGAGAUCAACGACGACCUGUCCUACCAGAUGGACUGCCACGCCGUGGAGUGCGAGAGCAAGCUGGAGGCCAAGAAGCUGGCCCACGCCAUGAUGGAGGCCUUCAGGAAGACUUUCCACAGUAUGAAGAGCGAUGGCCGGAUCCACAGGAACAGCUCCUCCGAGGAAGUUUCCCAGGAAUUGGAAUCGGAUGAUGGCUGAAGGAACUUGGGGGCGCUUCAGCGGAGGCAGCACUGGUCCAGGCAUUGCAGACCACAGAUGAAAAACCAACGAUUCACACAUUUCAGAUGAGAGACUGCCGAACGAUUGGCUGACCAAGCUUUUUAAAUUCAGAAGAGCGAUUCUAAAUCUAGAGAAAUGUAUUAUUAAAGUAAUUAUGUUACGUUGAAAUCUGCUACUGCUGUGACUAUGAGGAGGGUGGAAGUGUGGAUGGGGCGAAGUCCUACGCUCUCCUUCUCUCUCUCUCUCUCUUUUUUUUUUCUCAUUCCCCAGUGCCUCCCAGUAGAAAAGCUCCAUGCUGAUGUUCGCCAUUCUCAGGCAAAUACACUGAGGCUGUUAUUUGACAGACUGCUCCAGUUUGCCUUAUGAAACCCAGCAAGAAUGCACUUAUCGGAUCCCUAGUCCUGGGCGGGGGGUGGAGGGGCAAGUGCUGACGCUGGUGUGGAAGUCCCAGGGCUAAAGGACAAGGUCAGGUGGGUUCAAUCCGGAGACUCCUCCCCCUUGGCAUGUUUCAGAGUCUCUCCUCAGUAAGCCAAUCAGCACAGCCUUCACUGAGCUUUACAGCUAAUAACAGCCUGAUAGUUGGCAGUUACUUCACAGUUAAAGACAACGCUUUUAUUUACAUCAAUAUAUCAAGUAGUACCCUCUUCUUGUAUUCACGUCAUCUAUUUUCUUAGAAUCCUUGCAACAACUAAUAACCCUUCCCUCCUCCUGCCCCAUCCCCUGCCUUUCCCCUUCCAACCCAUGCCGACGUCCCCACAGGGGUGACGCUCAGCGUGCACUGCAGGCCACCAAAAGGGAAGAAAAUAACUGAGCAGAUGGAAUCACCCAUCAAACCAGCUAGUAGUUUAAAACCGCCACCACCACCACCACCACAGAGACCUCGGAAAAAGGGAAUGAGUUAUCACAAAAUGAACAAACUCCACGGAGGCUGUCCUUUGUUCAGCCCUGAUGUCUGGUAACUUACCUAGGUGAUGGUCCUGUCGGAUGCAUCUGAUCAGACGGCACGCUGCCAAUCUGACCUGGUAUCACCAAGGAAGCCUGCAGCCCUCACUCAACCUUGCACUCCAGUGAGUUUUGGACACUUGUAUCCAUCUUGAUCGAAGGGGAAAUCUGACCCUGCUGUCUCCAAAUUGGUAACAUCUCCGGGUCACGUUUGCCAGUGCGUUCGCUGUUUCUAAUGAGACGUUCUCACGAAGCCUGAGAUUGCUCAGUUUCAUGGAUCUUUCAAUGUCAUAAAUGCCAAGGGUCAACACUGAAUGAAAUGGAACGUAUUUGUUAAAAUAUAUACAUUUAAGACCCACAGCAAAUGGCUAGUUUCCCAGGUAAUGCUGCUCAUUUAUGAAAGUGUUUUCAGUCCUGGUAUUGUUAGGGGCACUGGGGCACCUUACAGAAGCCUUAAAUGAGAGCUAAUUGCAUCCGGGAGCAAUGGUGUUGGUGUUUUUGGUCUAUGUAUGUGUGUGUCCCUACAUGCGUCUGUGUCGUGUCUGUGUGCCCCAUGUGCGGGCCCGGGUUUAAGGCAUGUAGAAUUAGCAUGGAGUCCUAUUGAGGAGAGCCCGCCUCUUGGAGAUAUGCUUGCUGCUUUCCAACACAUGUAAACUAUUCUUUAGCAUAAAUGCAUUCAUUCUUUAAUAAAAAUAUGUUUGCAUUAAUAAA